AUGAAGCAAAUCGGGCUUAUACCUUCGGGAGCACAACUUUGGUACAAAAGAAUCAUAACGGUAACCCAUGGUCGUCUGAUAUAUUGUUCAACAAUUGCAAUCUAUGUAUACAACUUGAAUGACUUCAGAUUAGAAAGAAUUCUUACAGGUCAUUCUAUGGCCAUUACUGGAGUUGUUGCUUCACCUCACACUCCUUAUUUAAUAGCAACCUCCAGUUUAGACCAAACUCUAAGAGUUUGGGACAUUACAGAUGGAAAAACUGUCAAAGUUGUUGAUCUUAAAUCUAUUCAAUUCAAACCUUAUUGUAUUGAAUGGAGCCAUACGGACAAAUAUCAGCUUAUUAUCGGAAGUAAGAAAGGAGCACUCAAAGUUUGGGAUUUCAACGACGAUUCCAAUUUUGCAGUUUCUGUAUUCAACGGAGAUGAUGUGAGAAUGAUUGGAUUGAAUGCAAGAAAUCCUGGAAUGUUAUUUGUAAACUGUGGAGCUGAAUUCUUUCUUGUGGAUGUCAUCAAACGAAAAACAGUGCACAGAUUCAGAUUAUCUGAUUACAAAAUUGUAGAUUUUCAAUGGGAUCCCCUCUCGACCAAUUACCUGAUUUGUUGUUACGAAAAUGGACAAUCAGUGCUUUAUGAUACAGAGGCCAAAGAAGCAGAGGACAUGAAGAUUAAAACAUUCGAUAAAUCAGGCGCAGGCAUUUGUUCCGUUUCUUGGGUUAGGAAUGAGCCAGGAAAUUUCAUUACAUCCGACGUCAGGACAGGAGUGAUCAGAUAUUGGAAUGUUUCUCAAACGUCAGCUUUAAAAGUACAACAGGUACGAAAAAAUAGUGGAUUCCAAGAUUUGGUCAUGUUAUCAGGAAGCCAAAAGAUGGCUUGUGCAUUUAAGGAUGGCGCUGUUGGUUUGUAUGACCUUUCAAAAAAGCAAUUUGAUUUUAUCACUCCAGGAUCUCAUACCGAAACAAUAUUUGACUGCGAUUAUUGCCCUGCUAAUACUGAUAUUUUCGCAACUUCAGGAUUUGACCACAGCAUUCGCCUUUGGGAUACUCAUAGAUUGAAAGUGGUCGAAAACUUGACUCACGAAUCUGGAGUUAUUUAUGGAUUGGCAUGGCAUCCAACAAAAAGAGAAAUUGCAGGAGCGUUUAAUACGGGCUUGGUCAUUAUUUGGGAUGCUCAAAAGAGAAUUCCAAAGCUUCAAACAGAAAUUCAUAAGGAUUGCAUUUAUAGAAUCAGUUGGAAUCCAAUAGAUCAUUCUCUCCUAGCUACAUCCUCAAAGGACACUUAUUGCAAUGUAUUUAGUGAUGAAGGAAAAAUAGUCAAAAAGUAUAAGCACCCAUCUCCAGUUUUUGGUGUUUGCUGGCAUCCAAAAAACAAGAAUAUCAUUGCUACUGGUUGUCAUGAUUUCAUUGUUAGGGUUUUUAACAUUAAUAACUCUGGUGAACAACCAGUAUCAGUUCUCAAAGGUCACACCGCAGAAGUUUUUAACAUUGUUUGGCACCCAACCAUUGCUAACAUACUUGCUUCAGGAUCUAAUGACAAGACUAUUAGAGUAUGGGAUAAUGAUAACGGAUCUAGCAAAGUCUUGAGAGGGCAUACACACUAUGUGAGAGCCUUGGCUUGGAACCAUGAGCUGUCAAAUGUGAUAUUAAGUGGCUCAUGGGAUGGAACGAUAAGAGUUUGGGAUGCAAGCAAAGAAAAACAGUUAGCAAUUUCGAAUGAUCAUCAUGCAGAUGUAUAUGGUAUUAGCUCACACCCAGAAAGACCAUUUAUUUUUGGAUCUACCUCAAGAGAUACAACCAUUAGAUUCUGGGAUCUUGAACCACUUUUAAGAAAAUACUACGUGAGGGCUAUUCAAGAUCAAAGUCUUUCAAACAUUAUUGGGGCUCCAUCAAGCCCUUUCGAUGACAAUGCUCCAGACAUGUUACUUUCAGGACAUGGCUCAAAAAUUGUGAAUGCAAACAUGGUUCAAGCAAAAACAGAUGUGGAGAAAUAUACUAUCCUCUCCGAGUUCUUUAACUUUCCGUACACAACUCGGAAUUUGUGGGAACUGGCAAACAGUUUUUCGCAAGGAAAAAAAUACAAGUCCUCGUUGAAGUCUGAUGUUUUGUUUUGCAACACCAUAACUGAAACCGUAUAUAGCAAGGCAAAGGAGUUAGAAUCGAGCAGGUACAAAAAUAAGAGCUCAAAUGCCUCACAAAGGGCUGCUGAGCAACUACGAGAGUCUGCAAAACAAUACCUAAAAAUUGGUAAGAUCAAGAAUUAUUGCGAGAUUAUGUGUGAAAUUGGCGAGUGGGAGAAAGCAAUUGCCGUUGCUCCCGCUGUGUCGUUGGAAUAUUGGAGAGAUUUAAGUGCGAGAUAUGCUAAAACUUUAUCUGACAAUGAAAGUGAAGACGUAAUGCCAUAUUACAUUGCUACAGGGGAGAUUGAAAAGCUAUUAAACUUCUGCAUCAGAAAGAAUCAGCUUACGGAUGCAUCAAUCGUUGCCAGAAGAGAUUCUGAGGAAGGAUACCCAAAACCUUCAAAAUUUUCAUCUCCCUCAAAACAAGACAGUACGAAAGAGGAUGAAAAUCAUGACAAUGUUCCAAUAACUAUUGAGAUGAGAAGGAUUGCAGAGUUACAAGCUAAGAACUUUAUGAAGGAAGCUAAACCAAUCAUGGCAGCUGCUUCUUUUUUAUCAAUACGAGAUAUCGAUAAGUGUCUGCAUUUUCUUGUGAAAGGGUGUGAAGGUAUUUUGGCUUAUUCUCUGUAUAGAUCUUUGUUGAUGAGGAAUCCCAAUGAUGCUGUAUAUUUGUCAUUUGCAAACUCAUGUACUCAAUGUGGGCAAUGGGAUAUUGCUGCGGAGGUAUUGUCAAAGGUGAAAAACAGAGCCGAAGCAGCAAAGAUAAUCUCGAAAAUGGAUCCUUUCCAUCCACAACGUGAGAAUUUAUUUAUCAAAGCUGGAUUCCAACCUCCUACUUUUUAUUCUACACAGGCACCUGCAGUGGAGCACAAAAACCCUGCAGACUGUAUUCGAUUUUAUUCAUUUGCUUCAGAGCAUCAAAACGCUGCACUGGUUGCCAUAGUUCAAUACGAAGAAUUAUUCACCAUGGAGGACUGGAAUUGGCCUCUCAUUACUGAAAUUCAUUCUGCUGUACAAUGCAUUGACGCAACCAAACUUGAGUCUCUUAUGCGAACCAAAAUUAUGAUGUACACAAACUUGAUUGGAGCUCAGUUAGCAUUGUGGAAAGAAUAUUACAAUAUUGCUCCCAAACUUGCACAAAAUGCCAGAGACUCCAUGAAAAAACUCACAGACUUCUUUACUCCAAAACAAUAUAUUGAAUAUUUGUACUGCCUUUGUAUGGCUUAUGGAGAUCCUGAAGAAGGAAUUAGUAUUUUAGCUCAAACUCUUUCUCGGGAGAUGGAUGUGUUGGAUGAAAAAUAUGCAAAACCCUUAAUUUUGAUCAAGAAGCGACUUGAAGAUCGUUCAUUAUUAGGAGAUGUACCUUUGUCUAACUUGGUUGUUCCAUCAGGAUCAAAUUUACCUGUUCGUUCGCUAGAUGGAAAGAAAGUUGUUAGCAUGAUAUCAAAGAAAGAAGCACAGCCACCUGUAAUGCUAGAAGAUCAUUCAGUAAUCAGUUUGGCUGAGUCUGAAAUGUGGAGAGAAGUGAAUACGUUCUCUCCUACAAUGACAGGAGUGAGAAUUUAA